AUGUCGCAACACAGCUUUUCGCCAGAUACCCGGCUCGAGGCCGCCCUAUCCUUCGUCAGUCGAGUCCCUGCCUGGGCGAGUUUCCUGUGCUGUGCACUCCCCGCUCGCGCAUUGCAGGCCACUCUGAACUGGAGCCAGGCUCGGAAAUACUGGUACUCCCUACUCUUUAUCGCCGUCGUCUCCGCAAAACUUCUUCGCAUUUGGUCCCACCUUAUCUCCAUCCCCUUUAGCUCCCUGCUCGGCUGGGGCUCGACAUUUUUCUGCCAGGAUGUCCUGUUUUUGACUGUGAUCUGGGUGCUCUGUCUGGAUUUCGACCGGAAAUGGCUGCGCGUGCUCUCCGCCUUUGUCGUGGUCCUUCUGGCGCUCAUCCUCAGUUGCAUGUCUGCCGCCAACGCCUCCUUCUACAUCCUGACCGGCGCCGAAAUUCACUGGCGACAAGCGGGGUCAUUCAACCGGGACCCGGCUUCGAUGAACACCCUGCUCACCGGGUUGACGGGUAUGAUUAUCGUGGAGGGUGUCUACAUUGUUGCCUCCUGGAUCGCCUCGGCCUUUUUGUUUGAUUGGGUGGACUCGGCAUUCCGCAUUUUGGGCUCGUGCUUCGCCCCGUUGACGCGUUGCUGGCGCUCCAAGUCGCUGCCCUCCCUCGGCUCCUACAACCUGGUCCCCUUCCGUGACGACGAUGACGAAGAGGACAAGGCCAACACCGACCCGUCGCUCCUCGUGGAUGAGCACCGACUGCCACAGCGACACCCUACCCCCACCCUCCUGAAACGUGUGCUGGUAUUGCUGCCGGCCCUGCUGGUGUUGGCUCUGCGUUGCGCCCGCCCCUGGGAACAAUCUUACGCCUUUCUGUCUCAGACCCUGAUCAUCACCCCCUUUGUCGUAGUGAGCUCGGGCGUCGGCGACACCAGUGGGUUGGGCGACCGGACCGCUCUCACUACUCCUCCCCGGUUCGACUGGCUGCCGCCGGGUGAAUGGAAUGGGUUCCGUGACUGGCAGACCGAUUCCAAUGGUAACUACACACAUCUGCACUACAACCCCGCCGAAGACCCGCUGCACAACUCCAACCUGGAAUACGAUGUGCUCGAGCCGCUUCGCUCGGCCCUGCACAACGGCGAUGUCAAGAUCAAACACAUCUUCAUUUUCAAGCUCGAGAGUACACGCUACGAUGUCUUCCCUCUGCGCGGUGACACCAACUCGUCAAUGUUGAACUUCAUCCGCAACUCGUACAAGAACGGCAAGAUUCCGGAUGAUGUCGAAAAGCGGCUGGCCAACCUGACGCACACCGCUCAGCGCCUCACCGGCAUGUCGUCGGGCUUCAAGUCGUCCGAGGAUCCGCAGCCCUACGGUGGUGUCCACUUCACCAAGGCCUACACCUCCGGCACCUUCACCCUCAAGAGUCUGACGGGCACUUCGUGCGGCGUGGUCCCGCUGGUGGUCGACUUCAACCAGGAAUACCUCCAUCACAUCUACCAGCCCUGUAUGCCGGACAUCCUCGGGGUUCUCAGCAAUGGAACCGACCGCAGCAAGGCCAAGUCCAGCGACGACUUCACCACGUGGCCGUGGCGCUCGUCGUGGAUGCAGUCCAUCACGCAGGACUAUGAUCACCAGGAGAAACUGACCCCGGCCUUGGGCUUCCCCGAAUUCGUGUCCCACGAGAGUAUUCAGGAGGAUCACGCCAACGACACCAAAUGGCCUGUGAAGGAGUACAACUUCUGGGGUUACCCCGAUGACACUCUCCGACCCUACUUCCGCGACAUGAUCGGGAACGCCGAGAAGAACCACGAGCGUCUGUUUGUUGGAUCGCUCACUGGUCUGACUCACCAGCCCUGGGAUUUGCCCAAGGGUGAGAAGUACGACGAGCUUAUCGGGGCCUCGUGGUCGGGCCGGACGAAAGACGUGAACCGCUAUCUCAACACCAUCCGCUACAACGACCGCUGGUUCGGGGAGUUCUUGGACAUCCUGAACGAGUUCGGAGUCGCGGAUGAGACCCUCAUUGUGAUGGCUGGCGACCAUGGUGUUUCGCUCCCUGAGGAUGGUAGCAUCACCCCGUACGACAACCCGCACGUCUACAAUUUCCACAUUCCACUGGUCCUGUCUCACCCCAAGCUCCCGUCUGUCCAACUCGACACCGCUGUGACCUCGACCCAGAUUCUCCCGAGUAUCCUCGACCUGCUCCUGGAGUCUGGCUCUGUCGACGAGUACAGCCGAAAUGCUCUCCAAGAUAUGAUCAAGAUUUACGAGGGUCAGUCCUUAAUCCGCCCUCAGAUCGAGACCGACGAGCUGCCCUACUGGCAGUUCACCGUGAUGAACACGGGUGGUUCCCUGGUCGCCAUGCGUUCAGCCACCAAGCCGUACCGCCUAAUUAUGCCCAUGGUUCCCGAAGUCGAGUGGCGAUUCACCGACAUCGAGAAAGACCCUCUCGAGCGAAACCCCAUCCAGUCCUUCGACCUGUACGGGUUGAAGCACCGCGUUGCGCGCGAGCACGGCGACCAAGCCCUCCAGUGGGUGCAAGAAGCCGCUCGCGCCGCCUGGUGGUGGACCCGCGAGAACUGGAAGCGCUACGAGCACGAAGCGUGA